GAAAUGCCCCCCAGAGAUUGUGAAAAGUAUGAGAACUUCUUGCUGUUCAUUGGGGACUUUGGUCCCUUUCAGAAGCGACUGCUGUUUUGGAUGAUGCCCGCCGCCUUUCUGUUCGCAUUCACCUACUUUGGUCAGAUAUUCAUGAUACUGUUGCCAAAGAAUCACUGGUGCAGAGUACGAGAACUGAAGGGACUGCCGGAAAGUGAACAAAAGAAUCGGGGAAUUCCCAAAAAGCAGGAUGGCAGUUUCGAGAAUUGUUUUAUGUACAAUGAGCCAUACGACUCAAAUGAGACAAACGAUGCGACAAGGAGCCAGAUUCCCUGCAACAAUGGUUGGAUUUAUGAUCGCAAGGAGGUGCCCUACGAGUCCAUCGCCACCGAGUACAAUUGGGUGUGCGACAAAAGGGAUUUCGGGACAUAUAGUGUCGUUGUCUACUUUGUGGGCUGCAUUGUGGGUUGCCUGUGCUUUGGAUUCAUCACCGAUCAUUCCGGUCGCCUGCCUGCCCUAUUCCUGGCCAACUCCUGCUCCAUGAUCGGCGGUUGCGUGAGCGUAGUCUGCAAGGGCUUUCCCUGCUUUGCUGCCAGCCGAUUUGUGGCUGGACUGUCAAUGAACUACUGCUUCGUUCCCAUUUAUAUUCUAACUUUGGAGAACGUUGGCAUCAAGUAUCGCACACUGGUGGGGAACUUAGCUCUCACAUUCUCCUUCACCUUGGGCGCCUGCUUACUUCCCUGGCUGGCCUAUGUCAUCAGUAAUUGGAGGCACUAUGCCAUGGUCGUUGCCCUGCCUAUUAUAUUAAUGAUAUUGACCAGCUUGCUGGCUCCAGAGUCACCAAGUUGGCUCAUGUCGGUGGGUAAAUUGGACCGGUGUAUGAAAGUGCUGAAAGAAGCGGCCAAAGCCAAUGGGAAAACCAUUUCCGAAGAUGUUUGGUCCGAGAUGCGGGAAUGCUUUGAACUUAAAUUUGCGAACGAGCAAUUGGGAAAGCAAUACACCAGCCUGGAUCUCUUUAAGACAUUUCCCAGGUUCGUCGUACUUACGAUUUUGAUCGUCACUUGGAUGGUUGUGGCCCUAGCGUACGAUGCCCAUGUUCGGGUCGUCGAAAUCCUGGACACCGAUGUAUUUAUAACCUUUUCCCUUUCCUCGCUCGUUGAAAUUCCUGCUGGAAUCGUGCCAAUGCUUUUGCUAGAUCGAAUUGGUCGCAAGCCCGUUAUGUCGGCUGUAAUGCUAUUGUGUGCAACGUCCAGUCUCUUCGUUGGCCUUCUAAAAGGACAUUGGGAUGCCUCAACGGCCGCGAUUGCAGCCAGAUUUUUCGCCACAAUGGCCUACAAUGUGGGUCAACAGUGGGCCUCUGAGAUACUGCCAACCGUGCUGCGCGGCCAGGGACUGGCUAUCAUCAACAUUAUGGGUCAGAUGGGUGCCCUAACCUCACCUCUUGUACUCAGCACCCACCGCUACUAUCCUCCGUUGCCCAUGUUUAUUAUCACAUCGGUGUCCGUGAUAGGCGCUUCGAUAAUCUUGUUUCUGCCGGAGACCAGGGGAGUUAAGAUGCCACAAACGUUAGAUGAGGCGGAAAAGCGGUGGACGUUACGUUGUAGAGAUCGUGAAAUAAACGAGGAUCUUUAA